AUGUCGAACGAUAACGACAACAAUAGUGAUGAGACGGUACCUCCGGCAGUGCUAGCAGAGAAUCCACCAUCAACCAGUACAUUUCCAACGACCGGCGUUUUCCGAGUCGGCAUACGUGUUCCUCCGUUUUGGCCCGAAGAGCCGGCGGUAUGGUUCGCACAACUCGAAAGUCAGUUUACUAUAUCCGGAAUCACCAGCGAUACAACUAAAUUCUAUCAUGUAAUUGGAAAUCUCAACCCCCAGUUUGCGAUUGAAGUUAAGGAUAUAAUCUUAUCGCCACCCGAAUCAAAUAAGUAUGAUAAACUGAAGACUGAAUUAAUUAGACGAUUGUCAGUCUCUCAGGAGCAAAAAAUUAGACAACUGAUGCUACAUGAAGAACUCGGCGAUCGCAAGCCCACACAAUUCCUGAGGCAUUUACGAAGUUUAGCUGGACCAUCAGUUCCUGAUGACUUCUUACGUCAAGUUUGGUCUGGCCGUUUACCCAAUAAUGUACAAACUAUUGUGGCGUCGCAACCAAGACUUCCACUCGAUGAUAUAGCAGAGUUAGCCGACCGAAUCCAAGAACUGGCACCAAGUUCGAGGCACGUAGCCAGCACAUCAGCGGAACCGACGGGUGCCGUAUCAGAAUUAGGUCGACGCGUUGACCAGCUAGCACAGCAAGUGGAAGCUUUACUCAGCGAGGACAAUACGCAACGCCGAGAUCGUGCAACAAAGACCCAAUAUCUAAUCGACACGGGUUCAGACCUGUGCGUAUUUCCGCGUUUACUUGUCAACGAACGUCGAAAGAAGACUGAUUAUGAAUUAUACGCCGCCAACAGUACAGUAAUCGCAACGUAUGGUUAUAUUACUUUACACCUCGAUUUCGGCCUGCGACGAAUUUUUGAAUGGCGAUUUACAGUAGCCGAUGUCUCGAAGCCUAUUAUUGGCGUUGAUUUUUUGAUCUUUUACAAUUUGCUCGUCGACUGCCGCAAUCAAAAGCUUAUUGACAAAACUACUUCUCUCUUUACUGACGCACAGCAAGUCAGCGCGGCUGAAACUAUAUCGUCGAUUCGCACGACCUUGACUAACGACUCCACGUAUACGCUACUUCUACGUGACUUCCCGGAUAUCACUCGCCCCGCCGGUAAACUAGGUGCCCCUAAGCACGAUACAGUGCAUCAUAUAAGGACAACACCUGGGCCCCCGGUCUCCAGCCGCCCUCGACGUCUGGAUCCUGAGCGCUUAAAGAUUGCUAAAAAAGAAUUCGAUGACAUGCUGCAGAACGGCACAGCUCGCAGAUCAGAGAGUCCAUGGUCGUCACCUUUACACCUGGUGCGCAAGAAAAACAAUGGGUGGAGACCUUGUGGAGACUAUAGGGCGCUUAAUGCUCGAACUAUACCCGACCAGUACCCUGUUCGUCACAUACAAGAUUUCGCUUAUAUGCUAGCAGGCAAAAACAUAUUUUCCACCAUAGACCUAAUCAAGGCCUACAAUCAAAUACGCGUAUAUGGACCGGAUAUUCCCAAAACAUCGAUAACGACACCUUUCGGAAUGUUCGAAUUUCCCUUUAUGACUUUUGGAUUACGUAACGUAGCCCAAACAUUCCAAAGGUUCAUGGAUGAACUCCUUCGCGGAUUCGACUUUGCCUACGGUUACCUAGACGACAUUUUGAUCUCCUCAUCCUCAGAAAUCGAGCACAAAGAACAUCUGAGUCAGCUCUUCAGACGACUUCAAGACUACGGUGUUUUGAUCAACACUUCGAAGUGUGUCUUUGGUCAAUCUGAAGUAACCUUUCUAGGAUAUCGCGUCUCAGCACAGGGCAUAAGUCCAUUGGAGUCGAAGGUGCAAGCUAUUAACGACUUCCCAGCGCCGCAAACCGUUAAGGAAUUACGAAGGUAUUUGGAUAUCCGAUUUGUGUCUGGGAAGGAUAACAUAGUGGCUGACGCUCUCUCGAGAAUCGAGGAGGUUACAAAAUUCUUAGAUUAUCAAGCCCUCGCGGAAGCCCAGACUAGCGACACUGAACUGUCGGAGCUUCUACAAGGUGGAUCUUCACUCCAGCUACAAAAGAUUACAGCCCCAGUCUCAGGUCAGUUCUUCUCUUCAUCUUCUCCAGAGCCAGUAGUAGACAUCUCCGAUUUUGCCAGUCGCCUUCGAAAGCACAUGAGCCAACUUUCUCCGCAGCCAACAUCAUGGCACACGAGCUCCAACCGUCCCUUUUACAUUCCGAAAGACUUGAAGGAUUCUGCAUAUGUAUUUCUACGUCAAGGUCCGGAACGACGAUCUCUGGAAGCACCAUACCAAGGACCGUUCAAGGCGACGAAACAGCUUCAGAUAGCUCUGAUUCAAAUCAUGGUGCAGAUGAUCAAACGUCAUCAGACCAGGACCUAG